UUAUUUGUCUUAUUGAACAUUAACUUCUCUUAGAAAUAAAUUGCAUUAAUGAAUGAGUUCAUUUAAUCAAGACAGUAUUAUUAAUCUCAGAGUGUAAACCAGUAUAGCAAUGCUUAACCUGGGUUAUGUUUUUAUAAUAAUCCCUGCAGCAACCGACGAAGCUCAGUCACCAAAACAGCCUGCUGGCUGUAUGUGUGUCCGAAAGAGAGAUUUAAACCAAUUCUUGACGCUAAAUUAAGCACCUUCCUAAUGUUACAUUUAACUAUAAACUCGAGUCCUAAAACUAAACUACCAGACCCCUAAUUAGGUGAGAACCAGUGAAAUGUCUCAAUUUGGCUGGUUUCCUUAUUUUUCUCUCAGACAUUUGGCUCUGCACACACACAGACGCAGUCAUUUACAAACACAAACACAUCCCAUCUUCCUAGUUAAGAUGUAAACUCCAUGUAAACACAGACAGACAGACAGACAGACAGCUAAGCUGUAUAAUACUGCAAUACUUAAAGGCUUGUGACUUGAGAAGCACAGAUCAAUAGAGUCAUUUUCAGCAGUCUGGAGGAUUAUCCACCUCACUGACCACUGAUGUGAUGCAAACUAAAGACACACACAGACAAACACACACUUCAUGUCCUCCAGCCAACAGCCUCUGCAGACGGUCUGUGGAUCCAUAUUUUUUUUUUACAGGACAUUGACUGAGAACAUUUAGUUUUUAAAACUACUGAGAGCUGCCUGUUCUAUCUGGCCCUUUCUUACGUAAUGAAUGUUAUCAUAUGAUGUGCACAAACUUUCCAGCGAAUAUGUUCUUAUUCUGUAAAUGACAAAAAAAAAAAAAAAACAACAACAUCACCAUCAUGGCGUCAAAGACAUUGAACAGCCUGUUAUAUCACCUCAGGGUUUAAACUUAAAUUAAACUGGAAUUUUACACUGCACCGCAAAAAUGAUGUGUCAGACAUUUAUUGAAUGGCAAAUCUGCAGUGUAGUGGCAAAAUUAAAGGAGGGUAAACUAUGACCUGCAACCAAUUGCAGAAAACCAACAAUGUGAACUAAAAAUAUUUUUCCCCAAUUACUAAUUAUUAUUAAGAAUUCUUUUUAAGGCUGAAGUGUACAGUGGACACAUCUAUUUACUGCAGUAAACAGAAAAUAGUGUAGCUAGGAUACUGCAAUGGAAUAUUUUGUAUAUUAGAGACACAUGGAGCAGUGGAGCAGUGCCAUAUAAAUGUAUGCCUAACUUAAUGUGGUAUGAUAUCAUAAUGCGGAAGUACACACCCACCAGGUAAAAUCUGAAUGUCAAAAUUAGGAGAAUUAAAUCACAGUUUUUUAGGUCAAAGAGCAAGUGGACAUUAUGAGAUAAAAAUCCGAAUUUUGAAUUAGUUUCUCAUUAUUUUGACACCAUGAGUAUUUUUAUUUUAGUAAUUCCUAACAUUGUAUAUCUGUAUUUUUUCUGACAGAAAAUGUAUGAUGAAAUGAAACCGAAUGAGGCUACAAAAGCAGAGGCCUCAGCCACUCACAUGUUUAGCCUACUGUUUCAGUCAGUCAGGUCAAUAAAGGCUGAACCUGGGUCAAGGUUUCCUCUCUGUGGGAGACAUUAGCUGACAGUUACAGUGAAAAACAACCAAACUAAAGCUCCGGGAAGCUCGGUGCUUAAUUAGUUUUUAGUGUUAGACCCUUCACCGCCCAUCUCAUUUCUGUUCUCAUUUGUUUUCCCCAGGCGGCCCUCGUCAAGCCAGCAGCCCGACCCUCGAGCUCGUUCUCACGCUCAUCCGCCUUGAUUGAUUUCCAGGGAGCGACGCCGGCUGGCCUAAGCCCACUGGCCGAGCUAUAGACCGCCUGGCCCGCGCAGAGGUGCCGGUCUAGCCCGGGGGAGGGAGAGGAUGGAUGGAUGGAUGGAUGAAUCUCCCUCCGAUCUCUUAUCAGCCAGAGCAGCUUCUAGUGGGAGGACGGGUGUGAAUAGUCCCUACACACACACACACACACACACACACACACACACAGAUGACCAUCUCCCCCUCUGUCCUUCACUCUUUCACUGCCAUUCUGUUCUAUUGGGGAGAUAACGCCACGCAUACAUGCACGCGUGCAAAUACAAAUACACACACACACACACACACACACACACACACACACACACACACACACACACAAGCAGAGGGAAAGCUAUGUCCGAGGUAUUCCCACCAUCACCAACAAAGACACAGACAAUCAGACACUUCAGCAGGACAGAAACGGUCAUUAGUAAUCUUAACAAGAUAUGAUCUGUAUCUGUAUCCCACGGGUGCGGUUUUCUAAUUGCAUUGACUCCAACACACAAAUCUGAUCAGGUUUUCUUGAAAAUACAUACAUUUGAAUGUUCACCGAUGACAAGUGACAGGCUUCUAGAAAUAAGAGGAAAAGAUCAGUGGCAGAGGCUCAUCAACAUCGGAACAACAGCAAUAUGUUAUUUCACACCCCAGCAAACAAAAUGGCUGAUAGAAAUUACACGACUAUUAAAUUGCACUACUAAAAAGCCUUGAAUUCUACUGAGUAAAACAAUUCAAUGAGUGGAGUUAUUGUAAAUAAUAAUAAUACUUUAUGUUUUAAUGUAACACAAACGUCCUUGUUGCCUACUUGAUUUCCUGUUUAAAUGAGAUGUGUAAACCGACUUAUUUCCUUAUGAAAAAUAUUAGGGUAAAAAAAAAAUGCAGUUCUCAAAAAUGUUAACCAUAUUUAUCAAAGACUUGCAGCUAGUUUUUAUUUCAAAAGGAACCAGGUGAGCUACAUUAUGACAUCACAGACCAACAACAGUUAAAACAACGUCAUAUGACAAAGGUCACAUAUAAGUAUCAACUUACAGAAAAUAUAGUUUAGUGUAUAUGGUUUAUACAGUGUGUCCCAUGAGACACCAACUGUUUAUUUUAGGGCAUUCAACUCCAAAAGCUUCUUUAAAACACUUGAUAAGCAUACAUGUUCAUUGUGGCUUGAUAGCUCAACAUUUGACUAGAAAAGUCUCACUGGACCUCAUAAUUCCAGACUCAACAUUUAAAAGUGAGUGCACAUUUCAUCUAGCAGUUAUUCUUAUAAAUAGAAAUAUGGCAUUUUGAAGUCAUAUUGGGAGUUAAACUGGAUCGAAUCUCCUUCAGGAAUUCAUCCCAGUGACUAUAUAACGCUUUCAGUCAUUAGUCGUUGCUCCACUUUGUCCCCAAAAUGUAGGCAGGACUAACCUGUGUUUACGUCGGAUGUUUAAUUAAAAACAACUGCUAAAAACUAAUAGGCCUAACAUUUUGGGGGUACUGGAUGUAGGCGACAAUUCAUUGUUCAAGAGUGUAAUGUGUGUGCGUGCGAGCGCGCGUGUGUGAGCGAGAAAGAGAAUGGAUGAAAACGAACACGCGCACCACGGAUGCUGUUGUCUCUCUCGUGCUCUCAUCACACCUGCGCGCGCCUCUCUGCCUCUCUCUCUCUUUCUCUCUCUCUCUCUUCACCACUUCAAAGCUCUACUUGAAAGUGGGCUCGAGACAAGAGUUGUUGUUCUUUCCGCCUCGUGGUGCCACGCGCCGAGCAUCAUCAUCACCAUGCCUCGAGGAUUCCUGGUGAAGAGAAACCGGCGAUGUUCGGCUUCAUACCGGUCAAGAAGUAACAGUAAUAACAAACCUGUAACAUUUGACGGUGGCAGGAACAACUGUAACUCUGAAGUGACAAAACCGGAGGCAGUGAAGGAGAACGAUGUUUUGAAUGUUUUCCCGUUUGAACGCCCCGAUGGACUGCUCCCGGUGUCCCGCGAGGACUCCGCCGGUGUCAGAGAGGCGUGGAGCCCGCACGUGGAGUCCGCGCUGGAGGCGGAGGCGGACCGACGCGCGCAGUUACCGGAGACCGAGGAGCAGUUGAGUGAGGUGGACGUUUUGACUCCCGAUAGUGAUUUCACCUGCUUCUUCCCACCUCCUCCACCUCCACCUCCACGCGACUUGACAUUAACGGAGUCUUGCAGCCCCGUUAAACCGGUCGGCACGAGACUGUUGGGGCACGAGCACGAGGAAGGAGAGAAGCAGCCGUUGUUCCCCGGCAGGUGCCUGACAUCAUCCCCAGUGUCGCAGUUACCGGCGGAGUUACCGGAGCUGCCGUUCCUGGUGAGCUCCACACCCACCUCGGUGUCCGCUUCUAUCGAGAGGCUCCUCGCGAGCAGCAGCCGCCACGCGCCGUCCUAUGGUCACAAGGACAAAUACGAGCCGAACAUGGGUCAUGUGCACUUGUUCCCGCCACUGACACUGAUGAGCCAGGAGCAGCAUCACGCAGCGAGAAAACGCUCGUUCCUUGAACCUGAUCAACGACUGAACAGCAACAGACACAACAAACAGUCCGUGGGCAACCACCCAAAGAAACCCAAAGUGAACCGGAAACUUAACUUCGAGGAUGAGGUCACGACCUCGCCGGUUUUGGGUCUGCGGAUCAAGAAGGAGAGUCCCGAGCUGAGGAGACAGCGGGAGAAGUCGUCUGCUCCCACCGGGAAUCAGCCGCUGGGAGAGUUCAUCUGCCAACUUUGUAAAGAGGAGUACCCUGACCCUUUUUCCCUCGCGCAGCACAAGUGCUCCCGCAUAGUGCGCGUGGAGUACCGGUGUCCCGAGUGCGACAAAGUCUUCAGCUGUCCCGCCAACUUGGCCUCCCACCGCCGUUGGCACAAACCUCGUCCGGUAAACAACCAAGGAGGAGAGACUCUGACAAACAAGAGCCAGCCGUUAAAAGAGGCCCGAGGGCUCAUUCAGCACGAGAGGCAACCGGUGGAGAUGGAGGGCAAAGAGAACGAGCUGCUGCGCAUAAAUACUAAUCAGCACCACGGAGCGCAGGACAGUUCCCGCAUCAGGCGCGAGCCGUCCCUGCUGCUGCUCCACGGUCGGUCUCGGGACAGCCCCGACAGCGACAGCCUCGCGCCUCCUCACUACGAUUCCUCAAUUCAUUACCGGAACACGGUUGAAAGCUGUCUGGACCUGCAGCAGCAGCAGCAAGUGAGAGCGGCAGACAGCCCACCCCCGAGCCUCCUUCUGCUAAACGGCAACCCGGAGGAGCGAGCGGACCUGCCGCAGCAGCAGCAGCAGCAGCCGCCGUCACUCCCGCAUCCUCCUUUACCGUUUGUCCAGUCGUUACCAGAGGAAGAAGUGUACGAAUGCCGGUACUGUGGGAAGAAAUUCCGCCGACAGGCUUACCUGCGGAAACACCUGGCCACGCACGAGAUGACAGCGCGAGCGUCUUCGCCCCCAUCACCUUAUGGCCAGGCGCGCGAGACCAGUGGCGGACAGAGCCAGGUGUUCCUGUGUCACCUGUGCGGCGCGCGCUUCCCGUCGGUUGAAAUCAGGGACAAGCACCGUCUGUGGCACACGAUGAGGGACGAGUUACUGGCGGGAGCAUUGGGAGGAGGACUCAGACCAGACGUAUUCCACACACAGGUAGAAGAGAGCGGCACCGGGGAGUGCGAUCAGCAGCAGAUCUUCACGUGCAAACACUGUCCGUCCACAUUCUUCAGCUCCCCGGGGCUCGCGAGACACAUCAACAAGUCCCAUCCCACCGAGAACCGGCAGGUGAUGCUGCUGCAGAUGACCGUGCGACCAUGAAACGCGCGCGAGAUACACACUCAAACAAGCCAACAGAUUAUUUGGAGUCAUUGGUUGACAUUACAGGGAACCUAUCAACAGGGGCUAUUAGUUGCUUCCAUUCCCAUUUAUUUCAGCUGUGGUUCCACUGUAAAUUCAGACUGAGGCCUGAUUGUUUCAGUUGUGGUCAAAAAGCAAAACGUUGAUCACUGGGUGUUACAGGAUGGGGGUUACGGUUGACUCACUGUGCCUAUUGUUUAAAGGUCAGUAAGCAUCUUGACUUCUAAGUUGUUUCACAAAGGUGCAAGUAUGAUAAGCGGACGGUAGAACGGUGCAAACGUUGUCCAUGGUCAUGAAACUGAUAACGAUAAAACCAAAAGCAAACAAAACGUCUCUGUGUCGCUGAAACGAGACAAUUACAUGUAACGCUGUCAGUUCAACCGGAACUGUCCAUGGUGCCGAAACCAAACAUUGCACAAAUAAAACACAACCCCUGUCCAUGGUACUGAAAGCAUGUCCGCACACACAAACGGACCUUUCUCCACAGGUCGUUCAACCGUUAUAACAGGCGGGAUUGUAAUACUACAGUAAUGAGCAAAACUAGCUUGCUUCUUUGAGGAAACAAAGGGACAUUUCCAUUCAUUGGACAGAUCUAAGAUGUUCCCCUUAAUCCAUUUAAUAAACAGCAGGAUUAUUAUGUUAGACAUUUUAAACUGAAGUCCUUAGUGGAAAACACAUUAUCUCUCAAUAUUUAAUUUGUUGUCAUAAGGGAUAAAGUCAGUAAAACAACCAUGAGUCAGACAGUGUUUCUAUAUUUCUAUUCUCAUACAGAGAAUAUAUGUCCUUAUCUGUACUGGCACAGAGGAUGCCAUCUCUUUUCAGCUUCUCCUGCAUCUUCUCAUAUUACGCCCGGCACUCCGUAAAUGAUUUUGACAUUGAAACACAGAAACUCAGCUGUUCUAGUUAGUGAAAACCUGAGAGGAUGGACUGAAGUUUGCCAGAAAGGGCAUUUUGAUUAUGACUAGAGUGAGAGGAACUCAUUUUGCAUAUACUGAAGCAAUGAUUGACACAGUCCUCUCUCCAUGUGGCAGACAUUUAAACUCACGGUCAACAUAUUUCUGUGGCAAAGUAAUCAGAUUAUACUCAAGCUCAGGAGGAGUCUAGCGCGUUACAUUACUUACUGGUGUAAUAUGUAGUGACCUGUAAUUACACUUAGAAAGUGACCUUCCUAACCCCCAAGAACUGGAGACAGAAUCGGUGUUCUAACUCUAUUUCAAAGACAUGUACAGUGAACAAUACAGAAAAACAAUAAAACAAAAAGAGAAAAUCAGAUAAGACCAUAAUAUGCCUUUUAUAGUAAAUGUGCCAGUAACUUCUCAGCUAUAAAAUAUUUUGAUACAGAAAUGGAACAUUUAAUGUUGGUACUGCUAGUAAAAAAAAAGUCUUUUGUCUUUCUUGAUUAUAAAUUACUGUUGAAAUAUUUACUAGACGCCUUCAUCAUGCUAAAAAUGUAAUUGUGGUUCUAUGAAGCCUAUACGGGACUAUUUUGAUAUGUUUGAAGUUGAAUGUGAAUUUUAUUCUAAAUUAUUGUCAAUAAAUGUUAAUACAGUAUGAUCAAUGAGGAGUCCUGCCCUGUCAACUUAUUAAUGUGGUGUAUACACACACACACACACACACACGCCCAAUAUAUUAUGAAUCGGUCCGGGACUCAGUGGUAUGAAUAAUUUUAUUGUCAAAUUCCAUCAUCGCACAUCAACGCUCUCUUGUGUCCAAAACAGACGUUAUACGCUUACACACUACAGUUCUGACAGUAACAGUUUGAGGAGUGUGUGUGUGUGAGCGAGCGCACGUGUGUGUUGUUAUACAGCUGUUACAUGAUCAACACAUGCAGUUUGUACUGAACUGGUGUCAUGCAGUAUGUACAGUCAGUAGUUACAUACAUCAGCUU